UUUGUUUUGUUAUGUUCAUGUUCAAAUGUUAAAUAUAUUUAUUAAUAUAUUUUAAAGUAUUUACAAUGUCUGAAGACCCAAAUUCGGACUCUUCGACUUCAGAAUCAGAUAUUAGUGCGUGUAGUUCUAGUUUUAAUCCGUUAAAGGCGUUAUAUUCCACGAAAGUGAAAUUACCGAUGGAGAAUGCCCCAAUGUAUGAGAACUUGUGCCAAUUCGAGUCCGCACAGAAGGAAUCAACGUCUAUAAUACCUGUUGGGCAAAAACAUUUGGUGAUAGAGAGGGAACAAGAAAAGGAAUCGAAGAAACAAGAAGAACAGAGGUUGCUUGAGGAGAAAAACAAGCGACGUUUCAUGAAAUAUGAAGUCACAGCCCCCGUACGUAGAGAAAAGAUUAGCCACAAUGUCCUGACCCGUAUAGAAUCAAUGGACGGACCUCUGGCCACACUCAAGGAAUGCGUGGACAGCAGACUCAGAAUUAAGAUAAUAACCCGCAAUGCGACUGGAGUGAGAGGGGUGCUGCAUGCAAACCUCAUAGCCUUCGACAAGCAGUGGAACCUGGCUCUGUCUGAUGUACUAGAAAUUUGGAAGCGCAAAGCACCGCGAAAAAGGAAAAUACCUCCAGGCAUGGGUGUGCCAGUUGCCAAGGGUUCUGCUGCAGCUAUAUCACCAGUCCCCAGGAUAACAGAGACACCAGUGGGCGGUGGACUGUGGGAAUGUACCAGGCAUAUACCCCAACUCGUCGUCCGUGGAGAGCACAUCGUGCUGAUCAAUGUUGUGGAACGGUGAUAGGACAUUGGACGGAAGGUGGUCUAGCGAUUUAGCACACGCUUUGUUACCGAUGUUCGCAGGUUCGAUUCCUUACACGGUAUAAACAUUUGUAUUCAUGAGUGUUUGUAUCGGUCUGGGUGUUUUCUGUAUAUAAUAUGUAUGCAAAAAAUCUAAGUAUUUAUGAGUUAUAUAGUAUCUUAAGUAAAGAAAACAAAUUGUAAAUACUUACAUAAUAAAUAAAAGAAACAUCCAGACCGAUAUAAAAGAUGAUACUCAUGAAAACAAAUGUUUUUACCGUGCGGCCAUCGAACCCGCGACCAUCGGCUCUAGGGGGGCGUGCUAUACCGCUAGACCACCGAGGCUCCACUGAAUAUGGCUGAAAGUCAAUUUCCUUCAGGAUUCAGUGGACCGCGAACUUAUAUAUUCUUACACAGGUAAUUUUAAGAAAUAGUUACAAUAAUGUAUUACCAACACGUUUGUGUUAAAAAAGAAUAAUUUGACAUUGAUUUGACAAAUGUUGACAAUCACCUGUCAAAAUCACCUGUCAAAAUGAGCAC